ACGUUGCGCGCGUUUCUGAAGGGAUACACGUGUGACACAGAAACUCGAGUCAAUUUUGUCAUGCCCGUUUUGAAGAUACAGCACGUCGUCUCAUUCAGCAGUGAGGACAAGGUACACAAAGCAGAAAACCUCCUGAAGCCUGAAACGUACAGAAAGUGGAAAUGCGCUACACCGGGAGAAAAACAAGCCUCUGUGAUUUUGCAGUUGGAAAAAGCGUCCGUGAUUUCUUCCAUCGACAUCGGAAAUGAAAGCUCCGCGUUCAUAGAAGUCCUCGUCUCCAGGUCGUCAGACCCUGGGCAAGAUUACCACGUUCUCCUCGUUGCUUCGUCUUUCAUGACACCGAUGGACGCCCGCCAAGGGACAAACUUAAACCGGGUUCGCAUGUUCGGUGCAGAAAAGCUGUCUCAGUCUUUUGUCAAAGAGAAGUGGGACCGUAUUAAGAUUGUAUGCACGCAACCUUUUAACAAGAGUAUCCAGUAUGGCCUUGCUUUUAUCAAGCUGCAUUCUCCCGAAGAGAAUACUUCCAAGGUGGAGCCUCCACCAAAGGGUUCGUUGGGGAGUUUACUGUUGAAAGACGAGGAAGAUGAAGCCGAUAUUGCUGUUGGUGCGUGGUUUGCCAAGAGGAAAGAAAGAGCAUCUGCUGAUUCUUCAACCAGUCCUGCUGCUAUAAAGGGUGCCUCCUAUGCAGCGACGGCACUUCGCACUGCAGAAGAGAAAAGUUUGAAGCCAUGUAAGCCAGCCAGCAGUAGGAAGCAGGCCAUGGAGGAACCCGAAGAAAGUUCUUCACCACUGGCGGCCCGAAAACUGCAGAAGCCCUCCAAUGUGGAAACGGCUCAGAAGCCCAGUGCAACACCUGAUGCAAAAAAGAAACUUGCUGCUGAACAGCCAAAGCCAAGAGAGACGCAAAAGCCCCAGACACCAAAAGCUCAGAAAAAGAAGAAACCAAAGCCUCCGAAGAAGUUUGAAGAGCUUAUGAAGGGUGUGGUGUUUGUGCUCAGUGGCUUCCAGAAUCCACUUCGGUCUCAAAUUCGAGACAAAGCACUCGAGAUGGGGGCCAAGUACAAGGCAGACUGGGACCGCACCUGCACUCACCUUGUGUGUGCCUUCCUGAACACACCAAAAUAUGGCCAAGUGAAAGCAGCUGGUGGCAAGAUUGUCAGAAAAGAAUGGGUGACUGAUAGCUACAAGGAGAAAUGCCUCAAACCCUGGCUCGAGUACAAGCUGGGCAACUAUCACCGCCCGUCGACUCCGGAAAAAGACGAAGAGGAAGAAGAAGAUGAUGAUGAAGAUGACGGCGAGGAGAGGAGAGGGGGAGGAAGAGGGGCAACCGCCUCCGCCGUCGCACCGAGCCCUUGCGGGCGGAAACGCCAGGAGUCCGGUGGUGGCCAAGCGGUCCCCCUGAAACGGUCCGCUCUGCAAGCAGACGGCGACACGCCCGAGGGCAAAGCUCGUGGCGGGCAGCAGGGUGACAAACCUGGAAACGCAGCGGUCUCUUCAAGGCAGGUUGACCAGGAAGAAGGCGACAGCGAUUUCGACGCCGACACGGAUGUAGAUGCGAAUGAUGAAGACUACGAUACCGAGGAGGAGAUCCAAAGAGUGCUGCAGCGUCAGAGGGAGCAGGAGACGGAAGCAUCGAAGCACGUGCGCCUCGGUUCCGAAGCCGAUCGGCUCGUCGGCGAUGCGCCGGACGACGCGUCGGCCAUUCCUCUGGACCUGCCCGAUCUGCCGGCUUUCUUCACGGGAAAGACGUUCCUGCUGUACGGUGAUUUCCCGGAGGACGAGAGGCGCGCGCUCACCCGGUACAUCGUCGGCCACGACGGAGAUCUUAAAGAGGACUUGGAUGAAACUGUGAAGUUCGUGAUCACAAAAUCUGACUGGAACGACAAGUUUGAUGAGGCCCUGUGCGCGAACGAGACUCUGGUGUUCCUGCGGCCCCGCUGGGUGACCCGCUGUCACGAGGCAGGUCGAAGUGUGCCCUACCAGCCUUUCGUGGUCGCCUGCCCGGAGUAGCGGACGCGUGACCUGUUUGUUGCCCUCAGGAAAACCGCGCGCUUAGCUUAUUUACUGCACGGAAUUGAUGGUCGGUCGCUCGCAUUUUGACCGAGUAUCGCCCGGUCGUUAGCAGCACUUAGUAUAGAGCUGCCGGGUGUCGGUGACGUCACGCAAGCUGCCCAAAGGUUCUGGAAACAGGCGUGCUCGCAUUUUCGUGGUGAUAUGCAGCUUCCCCUAAAACCACGAUUGGAUGAUUUAAUGUUUUUAUCAUUAGUAAUGCGCUGCCGGUGUUGGUAGUGCGUCAUUAGCAUUACUUUUUUUUAAUUUGUCGUAUCGCAUUUGCUUUUCUAGAGCGAAUGGUGACGUGAUUGUAAUCCGCAGUCGCGCGUUGAACUUUUCUCUGUUUUCUCUUUUUCGCGGGAACGAGCGAUAUUUUAUGUGAUGUAUUUUCCGCAUUUCAAAGCAUGCUGAAUAUAUAUGCUAAAAAGAAUGUUGCCUCGCAUCUUUCCAGCAGCCACUCUCAGCGCGCUGCAGCGUAUUUCCAAAGCGUGACAACGCUUCUGCGUUGCGAAUACAAACGUGUGUGUUUAUCGCAAAAUAAUAAAAUAAAAAUGUGGAGCUACUA